AUGCUUCGUCAAGCACUUCGAGCAGCGUAUAUGCAAUCCGUACUAAAACCCGGGCGUGAGGCUCUCGCGGGCGGGGGUGUGGUCCGUAUCCCGAUUAUCGAUCGACAAAAAGGCCCUCGGCCGGUGGCUUCGGAGAACGAUGUCCUCCUGUCAGAGCUGGUCAAUCGCAGGAAAGCCACGUCCGACGCCAAGGCUGCCCCCAACCCGGCCAGUGACGAGGAGAACUUCGACGCCUCACGCCGGCAUAUCAUACGCCUCCUGUCGCAGCAUGUGUGGCCCAAGGGGGACGACGGACGCGGCACGCGCAUGCGCGUGCUGACUGCCCUUGGCCUGCUGAUCACUGGCAAGAUCCUCAAUGUGCAAGUGCCUUUCUUCUUCAAGAAGACCGUGGACAACCUGACGGACCAUGCCACGGUGGCCGAGCUGGGUGAGCGGGCCGCCGAGCAGGCGGCCACCGUGGCUCCCGGUGCUGUGGAUCUGGUCGCCGCUUCGACCCUGGCCGACCCGGCGCUGCUGGACUUGGCCGCCUCCACGGACUGGUUCACCAUUGCCGGGACGGCAUUGCUCGGCUAUGGUGCUGCACGCGCGGGCUCCUCUCUCUUCAAUGAGUUGCGCAAUGCGGUUUUCACCUCGGUGUCUCAGGGUGCCGUGCGCACGGCUGCACGUGACACCUUUGCGCACCUCCAUGCGUUGGACCUCUCGUUUCAUCUGCGCCGGCAGCCGGCCGGCCUGACGCGCGCUCUUGACCGUGGCAACAAGGGCAUUGCCUUUGUGCUGCAGUCGCUGGUGUUCAACAUCGCCCCGACCAUCUUCGAAGUGGGCCUCGUGUGCGCGGUACUCACGCAGAUGUAUGGCUGGCCGUAUGCCGCGGCCACGGCGGCCACCAUGGCCGCUUACACUGCCUUCACCUUCCGGGUGACAUCUUGGCGCAUCCAGCAUCGGCGAGUGAUGAAUCGCGCGGACAAUGAAGCCGCCACGCGGGCCGGCGAUUCGCUGGUCAACUACGAGGCCGUGAAGGUGCGGGAUCCCCCUGCCCGGGGUUGGGGACUUUGCUGA